CCCGCCGCCUGCAGCCCCCCAGCCACCGCCGCCGCCUCAGCCUCUCGGGCUGCAGCUCCCGGCGUGCCCCGCACUCGCCGCUGCCCGCCCGCCCCUCCCUCUCCUCCGACCAGUGCCACAGAGCCGGAGCCGGAGCCGCCGCCGCAGCCACAGCCGCGGACACUAUGGCUUCUGGAGUUACAGUGAAUGAUGAAGUCAUCAAAGUUUUUAAUGAUAUGAAAGUAAGAAAAUCUUCUACACAAGAGGAAAUCAAAAAAAGAAAGAAAGCCGUUCUCUUCUGUUUAAGCGAUGACAAAAGACAAAUAAUUGUAGAGGAAGCAAAGCAGAUCUUGGUGGGUGACAUUGGUGAUACUGUAGAGGACCCCUACACAUCUUUUGUGAAGUUGCUACCUCUGAAUGAUUGCCGAUAUGCUUUGUACGAUGCCACAUACGAAACAAAAGAGUCUAAGAAAGAAGACCUAGUAUUUAUAUUCUGGGCUCCUGAGAGUGCACCUUUAAAAAGCAAGAUGAUUUAUGCUAGCUCUAAAGAUGCCAUUAAAAAGAAAUUUACAGGUAUUAAACAUGAAUGGCAAGUAAAUGGCUUGGAUGAUAUAAAGGACCGUUCAACACUUGGAGAGAAAUUGGGAGGCAACGUAGUAGUUUCACUUGAAGGAAAACCCUUAUAAAAUGCCAGUCAAGUGCCAUCUGGAUCUUAAGGAGCUUCCAUUUCUCCAGCUCAAUCAAUUGAAAUAGUGUUAGGUGUUUUUUGUUUUUGUUUUUGUUUUUUUUCUCUUCCCACUGGGUCCUUCCAAUACAGUGAAUGAAGGAAAUACCAUUCAUGUAAGCAGCCUAUCAGUGAUUGCCAUUAGACUGUUUAAUACUGUUACUUUUAUGUAGAACCCAAGGAAUGCCUUCCUGUCAUAUUUUAGCCAAAACAACUGGUUAUAUGCCUCCCUUGCAGCAAGCACUACAAUGAAAGUGAUUGUCAAUGUGAAUAGCUUAGAAUACUGCAAAGGGUAAGCUGAUUGAAUGCCUUGAAAGUAUUAUCCACUGGUCAGAUGGUAAACUUUAUUCAGUAUUAUUUAUAGUUGCACUUGAUUGCAGUUUUGUGAGGCUCGAGCAUUCAUACACCUCACCUGCCUUGGCAAGCCUAUUUUUGUGACAUGGCAGCACAGAUAUAACACUAUGCAUUGAAAGCACUUUUUUUGUAAUGAGUUUAACUCACCCUCCCUCCCCCAAAAGGAAUGCCAAUUAGGUUUUGUUAACGGUGUCAUCAACUUAUCCUAGUACCUCAGUAUUCAUUCCUGUUACCUGCAUAUCUUAAAAGAAACAGCUGUUAAUGCCUUUUUGUUUUCCAUUGAGUGUACACUACUGAAUAAGUGUAGGAGUUUAUGUUUACCAUGUAAGUUUUGCAACACUAAAAAUAUUUUGAAUAUCAGUCAUGAUGGCAAUUUCUGUAUAAAAGAGCCUUAAAUGGAACAUUGUUUUUGAGAUCAAACUCCCUACCCUCACAAAAAUGGCCACGUUGCAAUAAAAAUUGUGGCAUAUUACAGAACGUUGCCUUGUUUUCCUUGGACAUUUUGCAAAAUGUUAUGUGAAGCAACUUUUAGAGUAAACAGCUAUUACUAAUCUUUGCACUGGUCAUUUAAGAAUUUUUUUGUACAACAUUCAUGCAUGAUAUUUUCCAGUUUGUUGAGUUUAAAAAAUAUUCUAUCCUAAAGCCAACAAAUAGAAAAUAUUGUUACAGAGGGAUACUUUUAUAAACAUUAGUUUAUUUAUUUCCUUAUAUGUUAAUAUGAAGAUCAGAAGUUAUUUUUUGCACUUUGACAUAUUCUUCAAUACCAGAUUUGUUUUCUGGAUAAAUUAGGGUAGUUAUUUUUUAAUUCACGUUUACGUUUCUAAGUAACUGAGUAGUAGAAGCAGGAAGCUCUUAACUGCAUAUUUGGUCAUGAUGAAAGUAAUUUAUAAAAUGUCCUUCAAAAGUUAAUAAUACUUCUCGUGUUUAGGACCUUUCAUUUCAGCUAUUAUUUCUUAAUACAUCUUGCAAAUUGGGGAAAAAAAAUGAUGUAGCAAUCUUAAGUAUUAGUAGUGAGAUUUGGCUGUGGUCCAGACUGCUCUCCUUAUAGAGAAUUUGAUCUGCUCAGUGUGAGCAGUUUGCUGUUAGCCAGAGCUAUUUAUGGCAAACACAUGCUUUUGUAUCUUGUCAUAGUUAUCCACAAAUGGCAAAACUGGACUUGAUUCUACUGGUAUGCAAAACAGGCAUGCUAGUAAGCAGUCAAUCGUGGCUUAGAACUUAACCCCAUAGCUCUGAAGAAUGCUCUUAUCAGAAAACAGGAAACAAAAAUUCUUCCUUUUUUUUUUUUAACAUGUGUUAGUAACUUGAGUACAAUUAGGUAUUUUCCCAUAUUAUCAGAAGAUUUUUAAAGGUGAAAACAAAAGUAAGACUUAAAUGUUUAGGCUUCCAUUUAAAAUAUGAAUGGCUUGGGAUCUUUUGCACUGAGCUAUCUUAUUUCAGGCUUCCAGCUGUCUCUUUGAGUUAUCCUGGACAUUUUGAUGGUUUUUUGGUAAGGCUGAACUCAUAAGGAAAGUAUGAGAAUACUGACAUAUACUGAACCGUAUAUGUAACUGAUUCUUAGAAUUUUCAUUAUUUUCCUCAUUCUUCUAGAAAAAUAAGGGACUUUAAGUUACGUAGUACUGUUUGUUUUUAUAGCUGACUUACCAACUUUCUUAUAUGCCUCAUAUAGUAAUAAUUUCAGAGAUUAUUGCUUUAAACUGUGGUACUUUGAUUUGUUAGACUGACAGAACUGAGUUCAUCUUUGAAAUACAUCUUUGUGCAUAGAGCCAAAAAUAAUGAUAAAAUUAAUGGUUCACAUGUUACUUGAGACUAAUUUGGCAUUUGAAAUGAUUUUAUUUUACAAUCAUUUACAAUGAAACAAUGUUCCAGUUAGCUUUAAAAGGUAUACGGUGCUAAUUAGUAAAAUAUUGAGGGCAAUAUUUUACUGCUAGCUUGCAAAAUUAUAAGUGUUUAAAAAAAUAAAAUGUAUGAAAAUAUAUAAAGCUGUUGAGAUGUGUUUACUUAUACUUCAGAACACUAAAAUUUUAAAAACUGAUGUUGCAGAUCAAAGAGGCACCUUUAUCUUUAGUCUUUUUUUAGGGUUUUAGUUGAUAUACUUUCUCGUUUACAGAUACCAGUAUUCUUUGAAAACUUAGUGUUAUAGCAAUUUUAACAUUUUCGGACAAAUGGGAACAGUUGGCAUUUGUCCCAAACUGGCUGUCAUCAGCUGUUGUUUUCAAUCAUUAUCUAAAAUGUGGCUUUUAGUAGAUUGAAAGAAAAGCCUCUUACUAUGUUUGAGUUUUUCUGAUAUAGAUCCUUUAUAGCAGCUAAUUUAUGGAAUCUAGCAAGUGAGUUUUGGGAGAAAAUUAAGUGCUUCCUUAUUAAGGAAUAAUCUCAGUAAUGGUCAAUCAUAGAAGGGUUGAGAACACCCUUCGUUAGGUUUUCCACUCUGAGAAAAUAAUCUGGUUCUGCUCUUCAUAGGUCCUGUUUUUGCUUGCAAAUUUAAUAAUAGUUUGAGAUCAAACAAACAUGAAUAUUCACUUUUUGGUGAAUAUUAAAACAAUCAGAUGUGUAAGCAAGCUCCAACGAAUAUUGCUUUUCAGACAGUUUGAAUUUGUAAAUGCUCUGUCUCAUCUCAGGCAAUAAAGAGAUCUGAGGCUUUUCUUUUGCUCUAGAAUAUCCAAAUUGCUUUUUUCCUUUUACAGUUGGGGAGUCAUCCCUCUACUUCAAUUUCCUAUCAUAAAGCAGUUGGGUAAUCUUUCUGAGCCUCAGUUUCUUAAUCAUAACAUGAGAAUGACGAUAAUCUAUCAUACCUCAUUGUAGAGGAUCAAAUAUGGAAAUGUUUUUGGAAAAUGCUGUUUAAACAUAGUAAUUUGGUUAAGUAGAUAACCAUGUUAAAAAUAAGAUUUAUUGUAAGUCUUUGAACCUCUUCAUUUUGUAACUAUUCCACUUAAUCUCAUAGUUUAAGGAUUAAUUAGCUGAUAUGUAGCAUCUGUUUUUCAGUAGUAAAGUGUAGCCUCUGAAUUGAUGUUUGUUGACUGCUAUUAAUCUUUUUAGUGUAGUUUUCUUUUUCACAUGUAACCAAUCAGUUACUAAUUUUUUCCCCCAAAUAAUUGUGAAGUAAAAAAUAAGAGAGGAAGUAAAGUUAGAAAUACUGGUUUGGAAUACUUGUCAUAAAUUCAUAAGCCAUGUUGUUGAAAACCUGUGACUAUUAUUAAUAUCGUAAAUUUAUGUAGUCCUUUGUAUUUCCCACAGCACUUGAAAUUUAUCUAAUCACCUUAGGUCCUCUUAACCAGGUAACCAUAGUUCCCUGCUACACAUGAAGAAACUGAAGUCUGGAGAGGUUAAGGGACAGCAAAUCUGAUUCCAGUCCAGUAUACUUUUCAGUCUGCAUUUAUGUAACAUAUAGUGAGUUACUAAUUUUCUUUCUGUAUUUUUUUUUAAGAUUUUAUUUUUUUAAGUAAUUUCUACCUGGAGCUUGAACCCAUAGGCUUCAAUUCCAACAUGGGGCUUGAACCUCUAACCCGGAGAUCAAGAGUCGCAUGGUCUACUAACUGAGCCAACCAGGCACUCCACAAAUUUUCAGGGGAAAAAAAAAGGAUUAUCUGAUUCUUUUGAGCAGGACAUAAUUAUUCAGUAUGUUUUCAAAGUAACGUCUCAAUAUUUGAAAAAUAAGUCUUGGAAUUUUUGUUUCCUAAGGAAACCUAUGCUCAUAAAAUAAAUAAUUUCACACUUCAAA